CUUCCAGUGCGCAACCCUGAAGGGAGGCUGACUCUUUACUGCAAAGGGGCAGACACCGUCAUCUACGAGAGGCUGCACACCUGCUGUACCGCACUCAAGUGUGUCACCACCGGACACCUCAAUGAAUACGCAGGUGAUGGUCUCCGCACUUUGGUUCUGGCUUACAAGGACUUGGACGAGAGCUAUGUGAAGGAGUGGAUGCGGCGCCACCAUGAGGCCAGCACCACCAUCGGAGAACGAGACGAGAAACUUCAUGAGCUGUAUGAAGAGAUUGAGAAAGACUUGUUGCUUCUGGGAGCAACGGCAGUGGAAGACAAGUUGCAGGAUGGUGUGCCUCAGACAAUAGAGCAGCUGGCCAAAGCUGACAUCAAAAUCUGGGUGUUGACCGGAGAUAAACAAGAGACGGCAGAAAAUAUUGGCUAUUCUUGCAACAUGCUGCGAGAGGAAAUGAAGGACGUUUUCACCGUGUCCGCAAAUACAGCAGAAGGAGUCAAAGAGGAGCUUCAAAGUGCAAGAAAGAAAAUGUGUCCGACGGCAGCAAAAGAACCAAAAGUGACCAAAGCUCGCUCAGGCCUCUUGUGGUUGCAAAGAACCGAAACUGUUCAAGAUGACAAAGUGGAUGGGGAAUAUGCACUUGUUAUAAAUGGACACAGUCUGGCCUUUGCCUUAGAGAAAGGCUUGGAAUUGGAACUAUUAAGGACGGCAUGCAUGUGCCAAACCGUGAUCUGCUGCAGGGUCACCCCACUACAGAAAGCCCAGGUUGUUGAACUGGUGAAAAAAUACAAACAGGCGGUCACUUUGGCUAUUGGGGAUGGGGCCAACGACGUCAGCAUGAUCAAGGCUGCACAUAUUGGUGUCGGCAUCAGUGGUCAGGAGGGCAUGCAGGCCGUUCUGUCCAGUGACUUCUCCUUUGCCCAGUUCCGCUAUUUGCAGCGUCUGCUGCUGGUGCACGGGCGCUGGUCGUAUCUGCGCAUGUGCAAGUUUCUACAGUAUUUCUUUUACAAGAACUUCACCUUCACCUUCGUGCAUGUCUGGUAUGGCUUCUUUUGCGGCUUUUCGGCACAGACUGUGUAUGACCAGUGGUUUGUCAGCAUGUACAAUGUAGUGUACACGGUCCUCCCUGUCCUUGGCAUGAGUCUUUUUGACCAGGAUGUGAAUGAUCGCUGGAGUUUCCAGCAUCCUCAGCUUUACUCCCCGGGGCCUCUGAAUAUUUACUUCAAUAAGAAGUCCAUGGCGUGCUGCAUGAUCCACAGCUGCUACAGCUCCCUCGUUGUUUUCUUCAUCCCGUGGGCGGCCAUGCACGACACGGUCGCUGACGACGGCAAAGACAUUGCAGAUUAUCAGUCCUUUGCUUUUGUGGUGCAGACGUGUCUUCUUCUUGUUGUCAACAUCCAGCUUUGUCUAGACACAAAUUACUGGACAGCCGUGAACCAGUCCUUUAUGUGGGGCAGCCUGAUACUGUACUUCGCCACCACGUUUGCCAUGCACAGCAACGAAAUGUUCUCCAUAUUCACCUCUGUAUUUCCUUUCAUCGGAACAGCAAGGAACUCUCUGAGCCAGCCGAAUGUGUGGCUGACAAUAUUCUUGACAUGCCUCCUCUGUGGUCUUCCGGUGUUGGCCUUCCGUUUCAUUGUCAUUCAACUUCGGCCUACCGUCAAUGACAAGGUGAGAUAUAAGGUGCGUAAGGAGGGGCUACCCGGUCCUGUUCCUUGCCAUCCGCCAGCCAGGCGAGUCAGCACUCGGCGGUCGAGCUACGCCUUCUCUCAUGCUCAGGGCUAUGGCGAGCUGGUCACAUCACGAAGAUUCCUGCUAAAACGUCCUGUCAAGAGUUGCAACAAUGACACCAAAGAGCCACAGCUCUACCGUAUAAUCUCAAAGGAUUCAGAGCAUCAACCACAGAAGCACUAAUUAACAGGUAGCAGCUCACUGAGACCAUAUGUUACUUUCUCACCCACUACCCAUUACUGACACCGUGUAAGUCAGUUUAUGAGGAAAGUAAUACAAAAUCUUCAUUUUGUCUGUAUUUUUAUUUGGUGGUGUACCAUGAGAUGUUUCUUUUGUCAAAUGAGUG